AUGUUCCGGCCGGACGAUGUCGCGAGCCUGGCAGCGCGCUUCCAGACGACCGGGGACCCGUGGCGCGCGAGUUUUGAGGCUGUGCGCGCAGCCGUGGAGCGCACUGGUGGAUCGUUCGGCUGCCUGGCGGUGAUCGCGGAAGGCGGGGGGAGCUUCGCGGCCGUGUCAGCCGAGGGGGUGGGAUCUGAUCGCGGGCUCCUGCUGCAAUGCGGAGAGGUCGGCGAUCCGGGGCGGCUGGAGGCGGCGGUCAGGGAGUGGGUGCCGGGCAGGAUGGCGGAGGCGGGAAUGGGGAAUUUUGGUGAGUUGGACGCGGCGGGGGGACUGCGAUCUUGGCCGCUCGUUUGGGGCGGCAGGCCCAGAGGGCUGCUGGUCAUAUGGCCGCCCGUGGGGGGUCAGCUCGGUGCCGGCGCCGACGCAUGGGUCAGCGUCAUCCUGUCGCUGUACUCGCUGCGGAUCGUGGACGGGCAGCUGCCCCGCUGCGCGCGCGCACUGGUGGGGAUUGGUAAGGCGGGCGGGCUUAGGGAGGCGGCGCGCCGGUGGCUGGAGUUUCUGAUCCGGGAGUUCCGCCUCAGGGCGGCGGGGCUGGGGCUGGUGUCCGGCCGCGGGGGCGUGGCCGCGAUAAUCGCGCUGCGAGAGGAUGGGGGGAGAAUGGAUCUGAGCUUCGGCGAGGCGUCGGUGAGGGUGCAGGCCGGGACCCACGUCGCGGCCCUGCGGUCGGGAUCCGGGUCCGUAUACGUGCCUGACUGCCUCGCCGCGCCACCCGCGGCCGGGGAGGCCAGGGCGCUGGGCCUGGAGACCGGGGAGAUGGGCUGCCUGCUGGUGGUGCCGCUGACGUCGGACCGCCCGUCGCGGGUCAGGCCGCAGGCCUGGAGCACGGGGGGCGCCCCCGGGGCCGAUCCGGGAGACGCGUAUCGAUCGGCCGGAGCGGGGGUUGCUUGCGAGGUGGGCGCGGGCCGGCGGACCCCGGCGAAUGCCGUUUGCGGGAGUUCCAGGGAGCUGCUCGGCUUCCCUCCCGCUGCGGGGCGGGGGGGGAAGGGCUGCGAGUACGUGGCCGGGCGCUGGCCGCCGCUGAGGAAGUGCUCCAGUAUGGGCUCGCUCCUGUGGCAGAGCAUCGGGCCGGGAGGCGGGCAGCCCGAGCACGGGAUUGGAACGGGUCGUGGUUCACCGGGAUCUUGCCAGAUUCAAGAUGACGGGCAGGGCGGUGAGAGGGCAGGCCCGGAGGGUGGGGGUCCGACGCCCGGCGCCGGCAGGCCGGUGCUUGGAAAGUUUGCGAAGCGGUCGGGGUCUGAUCUCAGGGACCUGUUGCGGGAACGUGGGGCCGAUGGCAAGGUGGGGAGGGCUGCUUUGCCAUCGAGGGACGUAGCUCGUGGAUUUCGAGUUCCGGUUUUACUUGACAAGACGCAAGAGACAAGACAGGAUGGCAAAGAGAUUGGGUUGGGCCAGAACAAGAGUGUGGCAGCAAACAGUGGCACUCGCGCCCAUUCUGCGUGGCUGCCGGGCCCAGGGGUCGCCGGUGUGCCUGCACUGACGGGGUGUGGGUCGAUGCACAGAGGAUUGGAAUUUUGGUGUGAGGCGUGCAGGGGCCAAGAAUACUGUCAAAAAGAUGAAGUGCUGAGCCUCAAGGAUCCUGUUUCUGGCCGCAACACCGGAUUGGCUGGAGCUCCUUGUUUGCAGGGCUCAGUCUCUGACUGCGGGGAUUCCACAUCUUCUAUGGGACAGUGCCAAAGUUUGGAAGAAGAAAGUGUUGUGGCAAUGCACAGCAAUGACUCGUUGCCCUUUCAGUGCAAUGCAACGGUCGAUGGCGAUUCCACCCAGCUUGAUGGAUUUCACAUUUUUUAUAGAAGGGAAGCAACGGGUACUCCCCAUGGGUAUUGUGGGGAGCGCAAUAAACUGACACAGUCUUGCGUGAGCAAGGCGCACAGCGCAGACAACCUGAGUUUGUCUGAUUUUGGUGCUGCAAGAGGGAAGGCUGUGAACCAUGAAGCGGUGAUUGUGGGCACAGAGGGAAGGUUAGAAACACAGUGUGCAUCCAGUUCUGGGGCAGGCCCAAAGCCAUGCACUGGUGCGCGACCUUUAGAGGACGAUCGGUUGCCGGUUUCCAUGAGCCCAUCGAUGUUGCAAUUACAAUCGUCAGAGGAUCUGGCAAACACCCCUGUGCCUUUGACCCCGUCCGGGCAGAGCAUGCAAGACAAGGAGUGUGGUCCGUCUCCCUCUUUUACGACUUCAAGAUACACACACCAGCCACAAUGUAAUAGUGGCGGUGGCAGGUGGGCCCUGGCUGGGCCUCCAGUUCAGCGCUCGGUGUCUGACUUGAAGGGUAUCCUCCCAUGUCGCAGCCAAGGCAAUGGAUGGACGCCAGGCAUAGUCCCGAUGAGGCGUUCCGCAUCAAGCAUCAAGGAUUUCAGUGCGAUCGGGGAGCAGGUCUGCAGGCUGAAGAGGGAAAUACUUAAGGGGACAUCCAGCAACAAGGGAACUCCGUGUCUGUGCCAAGGUGCAGACCAGAGGGGUAGUUUCUGCACUGAUGCUACAGCACAGGGCAAUGAACAAUCAGAUAGGGGUGGGUCUGCGGCACUGGUCUCGAACUCUGAAACUGGGUGUGAGGGGCUAAAAGUGCUCAAUGUUGGCAUCGGAGAAGCGGGCAGUGCUGGUGUGCAGGAACUGAGGGCCGGGAGUGCAGCAACCCGUCCGAUUGUGCAUGGCAAGGAGCCAUCGUCAGUUCACAAGUUGCAAGAAGGCACACAUGCUGGAUCCAGUUGCGAUUCAAGUCUGCAUCGGUGCAGCCUUGAUCUCUCAGUUGAACGGCAGCAGCUGCCCGUGGGCCAGGCUGUAGGAUUCUGGCCAGGAUCUUCGACCGGACACAAGCAUGCGGAAGUGCCGACUUGGGCCCCAGCGCACAAGCCAGGACAUGGGAAGUGCACACAGCGUUCGGCGUCAGACAUCAAACUUGUCUUCUCAGGCAGUGCCAGUGGCAACACGUGGACUGGUGCCCGCGGUAGAAUGCCCCAGCGUUCAGCGUCUGACCUUCAAGUCUUCGCAUCUGCCAGUGGGAAAAUGGGUUUGAAACGCCCAAGCAAGCUGCAAUCGCCGGUGGAACUGCCUGGGCAGGCGGAAUCAUUUCCUGGACCUGGGUUAGCAAGAACACAUGAUGCCCUGUCUAUGCCUUACGCUGCAGAAAUGGCACUGGAUGGGCUGCAAAAAAGGCACCAAGUCAGAUGUUCACCGGCGGAGAACCCUCCAGGCAUAUCUUCAACAAGCAUGCCCAAAGUGGAUGAUUUUGUGCAGCUGCCCUGGGUGCCCGGCCCUGCACAGGUGAGACAAGGCUGUCCCAGCCACACCAGCAAGGCAAGCAGAUCGACAAGCCCAUGCUCGGCCAAGGGGGGAGCAUUUUCUGGUGUGUCUGGCACUCAAGAGAGCAGGUCUUCGGGAUCUGGAAUGUCGGGACACGAUGGUGCCCAUUUUCGACCACGUGGUUGUCAUGAGGCCGUCGAGGUGAGACUCAAAGGGCCUCCCAGCUGCCCUAUGCCUGGACAGUCAGGUCUGCAGCCUGGUGUGGAACUCGGACUCGGAGAUGAAGCGCCCUCAUUGUAUGGUGUGGUAUACCUGGUGGCACCCACACGCCAAGCAUUUGAUGAGUCUAGCUACAGGGAGCAAGUGGAGGGCGUCAUUGGUCUCCUUGGACACAAAGUUUACACAAGGCUGAGGGGUGACCUGGAGGAAGAUUUGGAGACCCUGCUUGGCAAGGCUGUCAGGCAGCAGAAAUUGGCAACAGCCCAGCAGGUUGGAGCCCAGCUGGUUGGCGCCCCGCUGCCGAACGUGGAAGACAUCAAGAAGAAGAUCCAGGCAAAGAAAUGCAACACCAGGAAGGGGAGCAACCUGCAGAGCUUGCCCAGAAGCCUACAGUUGCUGUCCGUUCUUGGAGAGGGUUCCAGCGGUCUGGUACUGGAGUCCAUGUGGCACACAACGAAGACGGCUGUGAAAGUGUUUGUGCACUCCAGAGGCGUUGGGCACAUGGACUUGAACGUGGUGGUCGCGGCAGAAGUGAGUCUGGCAACCAUCGUCUCCCACCCCAAUGUUGUCAGGACGUUGGUCAGCUUCCCGAAUGCAGAAUACGAGGAGCUGCUGGGUGCCUGUGGCACUGACCCUGGGCCCAGAUCCAGACAGCCUGCAUUGAAUGGAGAAGCAGACGACACCUACCUGGGCUGGCUGGUGAAGAAGCUCAAGCUAUUCCAUCAAUUCCUGCCCCACUAUCUGUGGGGCCCUUAUACAUCAGGGCCAGCACCAGCAGCUGUUGGUGGUGGGGGUGCUGGGAGGAGCUUGGAAGGUGGCAACUGGCUGGCCAGGGUUCUCAAGGCCAAGUGGCCUCACUACAACCUGGUUGGCACGAAGUGGGCUGUCUUAGUGAUGGAGUAUUGCAGCCUUGGCACGCUGGAGAGGGCCAUUCGCGAUGGGAAGUUCAGGAAAGGGGGCAGUGCGAACAUGGAGUGGAUCCUCUUGACAGCCUUGGAGAUAGCACAGGCCAUGGACCACCUGCAAAAGGAGCACGGGAUCGUGCAUGGGGACCUGAAGCCCCUCAACAUCCUCUUGAGCUCUGCGGCUAAGGAUGGCAGGCACUUCACCGCCAAGGUGGCCGACUUUGGGACAAGCAGAAUAGUGACAGGGGGAGUAGAUGAGCUGCGGCCGAUGCAGAUGGGUACUUGUGCGUACAUGCCACCAGAAAUUCUUUCCUACACUUGUGGUCAGUCCCGCAGAUGUCCGAUCUCGUUCGCCAUGGAUGUGUACAGCUUCGGGGUUCUCUUGUGGGAGAUGUACUGCGGGCAGAAGCCAUACGGCAGCAAGGUGUCUGCCAUUGUGAUUCGUCAGCAGGUCAUCCAGAACGGACUGCGACCAGUUUUCUUGGAGGGCACACCGAUCUGGUUCAAGCAGCUCGUCAAGCGUUGUUGGCAUCAACAGGCAGAGCAGAGGCCAUCGUUCGAGGACGUCAGAUUUGAGCUGGAGACGUUGCUCAAGAAGACUCGAAAUUCAGGGCGUUGA